AAUCAACGCAAUCGUGCACGGUGCCCCUUGUUCAAUAGUACUGCUUGAAAUACUAUUAAAACCAUGAACGUCCUUCAGGGACUGGGCAGAAUUGCUCAUCAAUCGUUGCGAAGAAAUAUCUGCACAUCGCUGGCGCGCCGGUCGACAUACGAAAGCGAUGGCAAAACAUCGAUUACGAUCCUGAACAAGGAGGCAGACGCCGGGCUCAUGAUCAACUCCUACAGCCAGUUUGGCUUCCGGCUGAACAACGAUAUGGUCGUGAUCGGUCCGAUGGCCAUCUUCUCCCGCACGGUGCUCUCGUGGAACGUUGAAAGUCAUGAGGACAUAAACGACCAGUCGUUAUGUUUGUUCUGUGCGAUUGAGCCGAAAAUUGACGUGCUCGUGGUGGGAAUCGGUGAUCACACGAUAACGCCCGCUUUCUCUAAAAAGAUCAUCGACUUUAUGAAGCGCUACAAGAUUAACGUGGAAGUGCUCGGCACAGAGCAGGCCUGUUCGACGUUUAACUUCCUUAACGCGGAGAAUCGUGUCGUUGCCGCGGCACUCAUCCCUCCGAUUACGAUGCGUGUAAAUGAGGAUGAUUUGAUGCGCAAACAGAUAUCGAUGAGUCGAUCGUUUGAGGUAACGGACAAAUAGGCUCCUCCAGGUAAGGGCCUAACAACCAAUGAUGAGAGAGUGAAUACAUGAGUUUCUGUACAUAAUAAAGAUAGUACCAUUUCCAGCGUAGAAGAG